GGGAGUAGACAGAGAAGAGUGUGUGUGAACCUGUGUGUGCGUGGAAUUGUGAUUGUGUAUUGCCUCUCCAACGCCGAAGAACGGCUUGCUCCGUCAUUAUAAUCUGGAAAUCCCAAUUUUCUCCUUUUAGAGAGAGAAAAUCUUGUAUAGAGGAUUUUUGUAGGAGGAGAAAGAGAGAGAAUUUUUGGUCUUUUAUGCCUUCCAAUGGUUCAACUGGAAAUCCAAAGAAGGCUGUGAAAAAGGGGGAAAAAAUUGUUUUUUGAUAUAUAUAUUUUUUGUAAUGGAUGGGACUUCGAAGCUAUGAUCUUGUAAACAUAGAAAGCGAUCUUCGAUGCAGUGAUUAGAUUGGUUGAUUCCGUCGUGUUUUCGGGGGCCGUUGAUUUGUUUUCCCGGGAAAUGAACGGUGGCGAUGAGGUAGUCGCAGCUCCGGCGGGUCCAACGCAGCCGCUGGAGUGGAAAUUCUCUCAGGUUUUCGGCGAACGUACGGCCGGCGAAGAAGUUCAGGAAGUGGAUAUAAUUUCUGCUAUUGAAUUUGACAAGUCUGGUGACCAUCUUGCAACUGGUGAUCGUGGUGGUCGGGUUGUUCUUUUUGAGAGGACAGAUACAAAAGAUCAUGGUGGAUUGAGACGGGAUUUGGAAAGGAUGGACUAUCCUCUAAGCAGGCAUCCGGAAUUCCGUUAUAAAACAGAGUUUCAGAGUCACGAACCUGAGUUUGACUAUCUUAAGAGCUUGGAAAUUGAAGAGAAAAUCAACAAAAUUAGAUGGUGCCAAUCCGCUAAUGGUGCCCUAUUUCUUCUAUCCACAAAUGAUAAAACCAUAAAGUUUUGGAAGGUCCAGGAAAAGAAGAUCAAGAAAAUCUCUGAAAUGAAUGUUGACCCUUCAAAAGCUAUGGGAAAUGGCUGUGUUGCUAGUUCCAGCAAUUCAAAUAAUCCUAGGACAUAUCUUGCUAAUGGAGGAUCUCUGGACAAUUCAUGCAAUCAUCUAAGCGAUGACUUCUCAUUCCCAUCUGGGGGCAUUCCCUCAUUACGAUUACCUGUGGUAGUAACCAACCAUGAGACUAGCUUGGUGGCUCGAUGUCGUAGAGUAUAUGCCCAUGCUCAUGAUUACCAUAUCAAUUCUAUUUCAAAUAACAGUGAUGGUGAAACUUUCAUAUCAGCUGAUGAUUUGCGAAUAAAUCUUUGGAACCUGGAAAUCAGCAAUCAAAGUUUCAAUAUUGUUGAUGUAAAACCUGCAAACAUGGAAGAUCUGACUGAGGUUAUAACAUCAGCAGAGUUCCAUCCUAUGCAUUGCAAUAUGUUGGCAUACAGCAGUUCAAAGGGUUCAAUACGACUUGUUGACUUGCGGCAAUCAGCAUUAUGUGAUUCUCAUGCAAAACUAUUUGAGGAACAGGAGGCCCCUGGAUCCAGAUCAUUUUUCACAGAGAUCAUUGCUUCUAUCUCAGACAUAAAAUUUGGGAAGGAUGGAAGAUACAUUCUUAGCCGUGAUUACAUGACUCUAAAGUUGUGGGACAUUAAUAUGGAUUCUGGUCCAGUUGCAACUUUCCAGGUUCAUGAGUAUCUAAGACCUAAGUUAUGUGAUUUAUAUGAGAAUGACUCAAUUUUUGACAAGUUCGAGUGUUGUCUGAGUGGUGAUGGAUUGCGUGUUGCAACUGGUUCUUACAGCAACCUUUUCCGUGUGUUUGGUUGCACCGCAGGAAGUUCUGAAGCUACAACUUUGGAAGCCAGUAAAAAUCCAAUGAGGCGACAAGUUCCAACCCCUUCAAGACCAUCAAGAUCACUUGGGAGUAGUUUAACACGGGUUGUAAGACGAGGAGCAGAAAGUGCUAGUGCUGAUGCAAAUGGGAAUUCUUUUGAUUUCACAACAAAGUUACUGCACCUAGCAUGGCACCCAACUGAAAAUUUAACUGCGUGUGCUGCUGCAAAUAGCUUGUACAUGUACUAUGCAUAAAGGAAUAAUGCUCGAAGAGGACAUGUAUUGCGCGGUUAACCUGCUCGUGGGUUGCCAUGGACAAGGCUUCUGUGCCCCUUCCUACCACCAUUGAAUUGGAGGCUACGUUGACUCUACAAAAUUGCCCUUCAGAUUCAGAGUCUUUAUAGCAGGAAGCUUCUUGGAAAAAGAAUGAAAGGUGGCUGAUAUCAAAUUCUCGGCUAGGCAGGCAUGAUUUUGUUCCGGACUGGCAGCAUCUCUCUUCUUCCUUGUUCUUUUACUUUUGGCAUUCCCCGUCUGACGAUCCUAGUAUUCUUACCCUCCCCUUUUUCUUCAUCUUCUUUUGAAAGAGAAGGUGCAGUUGCUCAAUGUUUCAAAAUUGUGUUUUGGCUUGCAAGUGAAGAAGAAAAUGUGAUUGUAGCUCUCCUACAACGAUACUAAAGGAUGUUCAAUAUCUGCCAUUAGGAUUAAGAUAAAAUGUAGUUUUUUCCCUUUUGCUGGAAUUUCUUGGUGGGAUGAAGCUGUUGAAUCUUGCAGUGCAUCAUUUUUUCAUUGAUUAUUUUUGUGUUGGAAUAUAAUUUGACGAUGUUUUAGAACAUACUUUUUUGUUGUAUCAGUUUAUUGUAUAAGAAACCUAAUAAAGUAUUAGUUUUAGGUUA